ACGAAAAUAACACUAACGCAUGUAUACCGCUAUUACACUGUACAAUUAAACAAAAGGAACUUUAAAGCAUUCAAUGAAAACUGCAAAGCCUUGGUAAACUACUGGUAGGUACCAGAACAUGGUCAGUUCAAAAUUAUUAAAAUAGGGUAGACAUAUUUUAAUCACUGAACAUCUCAAACAUCUCCGACUUGUUAGUUGUUACCAAUGUUGUUACUGUCAUUUAAAUUAAAUGUCAAUGUUUUCUUACAAUUUAGCAGCUUUUGUUUUGAUCAACGAAUAACUCUUAUUCUUUAUAAAGAUAACUAACAUAUUUACACAGCACAGUUCAGUAUGAGUGCAAUAUCUUACCAGGACUUUAUCAAUGCUGCUGAAGAGUUUUUAAAAAUAUCGCAAAAGAUAAACGACGGAUGGCAACUGUCGCAAAUACAAGAAGAUAAAAAAAAGACAUAUCUCAAGAAAGAGAGCUUUAAAACAUGUGAAGGAACAGCUGAAGAUUCUGCUCUUGUAAAAACUGAAUAUGUAAUAUUUUACAACCACAGUUAUUGUGUACCUUCAUUCAGUUUCAAUGUGUGGAACUCAACUGGAUGCCUAUUGCCUUUGGAGAAAAUAAGACAUAUGUCUUUUAUCAGGAUCAGUGAAAAAGACUUCUACUCCGUUAUUACUCAACAGGAGCACCCAUUAUUUUUUCGCCCAUAUUUCAUGAUGCACCCUUGCCACACAGAGGAACUGCUCUUGGGUUUAAAAAACAAAUCAAAGAACAUUAUUGUGACAUUUCUAGGAUUAAUAACUCCAUUGAUAAAAUUAGAUUUACCAUUAGAAUAUGGCUUGUGAAAUUUGUUUUAACAUGCAUUUUGUACUAGAUCAUACCUAUGGUAAGUUUUUGUAUGUAAUUUUGAACAUAGCACCGUGUCCUAAUGUGUCGUUUGAAGCUGCUAGAACAUUACUAUGUAAUCAAUCAGGGCACUUUGGUUUGGAAGGACCUGUAAAUAAAUGACAGAUAUUGAUAAUAUUAAAAUCUGACUGAUUUGACGACCGGUCUGGCGCAGUCGGUAGUGACCCUGCCUGCUACGCCACGGUCCCGGGUUCGAAUCCUGGCAAGGUCAUUUAUUUGU